AUGAAAACAAUCGAUAAGCGCACCGACGUCGACGACUGUUACGGGUACAUGCGUCUGACACACGUGAUGGCCGUAUGCUGGGGAUUGCCCAUCACUCGCAGACGAACUGGCGGCAACGAACGAGAUGGAGACCCGGACGUGGUGCGAGGUACAAAAAUAUAUUAUGACGAGGCAUGGCAGCAGCAAUUAUUGCCGAUUUUUUUGGUAUUUUUACGAUAUUUAAUAGUAAACGAUUUCUGCCACACGACCGCGCUGGACGAGUGUGGGGGUCAAGAUUAUAAUAUUAUUAUCUGCGGUUCACGAAUUAGACGGUAG